UCCUUCUUCGCGAUCCUCUUCAGCUGGCAGUAUGUCUGCUGUAACUGCCUCUGGAGCCGGGAAUGCGGCUCUGCUGGACCAGUUCCGCAGGCUCAGCGAGAAAGAGCAACACGAACACAUACUCAGCCUACUCGAACUCGUAGAGGUACACGAGCUGCGCAGCCUGUACAACAGGAUACGGGUGCUGCUGUCGUUCGACAUUCUGUCCCAGUUGCCGGUCGAGCUCUCGGCCAUGGUGCUCUCCUAUCUGGACGCCAGGCUCCUCUGCGCCGUCGCCAGGUGUUGCCACAACUGGAGAACCACGGCCAAUCGAGACGAGCUCUGGUAG